CGCGUCGGACAUCGUUAUGUGUGGACAUGAACGUGAUUUGACACGUUUACGUCGGUUCAUCUCAUCGAUCACACAGGAUGGCAUGGCUGGCGUGUUGGUGUCGCCGACACUGCAAAUCACCGAAACCCCGCCCGCCCUCCGCAUGCCAGGGCGGGGCGGGUGCCAGCGAUCCACAGCAAAGGCAACACCAGCACGUGCCCAUCCACAGAGUCACACCCUCGGUCGGUCGGUCGACCAUGAAAUGAAGGGGUGGGUGGACAGAAUGAAUGAACGCAUGUGAGUGCAUGUCUCGAUCGUCCUCUCUCACCAGCCCCCACAAAAUCGAUGGAUGCGAUGCGCCUUGCUCACGACACGACCCUUUGGGUAGCCAGUCAGUCAGGCAGUCGUUCAGGAAAACAGCUAGCGGCGCCAAAACAUCCACCCACCCCUACAUGGAUGGCAUCGACACACACAUAUGCACAGAGCAGCACGCACAGAGCACAUCAUAUUGAUCAUGCAAUGCAAGGCAGUGGGGUGGUGUGCUACAUCGCACAUCGCCAAAGCCCCCCCACCAGCGCACAUCACAUGCGGGGGGCGGGGCACGCAGAGAGAGCAGCGAAUGAGUGAGUGGGUGAGUGGGCCAGUCAGUUGUGGUGGAAGACGAUAACGUCCCCAUCCUGCACCACAUACUCCUUCCCCUCCAUCCGCACUCUCCCCGCCUCCUUGGCCUUGACGCGGGUGCCGUGCUCCACCAGGUCGGCGUACGCCGUCACCUCGGCCCGAAUGAAGCCCUUCUCAAAGUCCGAGUGGAUCUUGCCCGCCGCCUGCGGCGCCCGGCUGCCCUUCAGGAUCGUCCACGCCCGGCUCUCCUGCUCACCGCUCGUCAGAAAGGUCAUCAAACCAAGCGCAUCGAAGGACGUCUGCAUCACAAAGGUAGAUGUCUGCUACAGUGUGUGUCUGAGAUGUGCGAAGCUGGUGGCUUACGGCGAUGAGUCGGUCGAGUCCUGUUUUGUCAAGCCCAACCGAGUCGAGAAACUCCUGCGCAUCCUCCUCGUCAAGGCCGGCCACCUCGGCCUCGAACUUGGCGGAGAUUGGGAUCACCUGGCUGCCCUCGGCCUCUGCGUACUCGCGGACCUGCCGCACAUACUCGUUGUCCAUGUGGGGGAGGUCCUCCUCCUUGACGUUGGGCACGUAGAUGACGGGCUUGGACGUGAUGAAGUCGUAUUGCGACACAAGGGCGUAGUCGUCUUCCUUCAGCUUGCCGCUGGUUUGGAGGCUCCUGACGGGCAGCUCGGCGCUGAGGUGCUCGAUGGCGACCUUGACGACCUCCAGCGUCGCCGCGGCCUGCUUGUCGUUCUUGGCCUUCUUGUUGAGGUUGGCUGCGAUGUUCUCGGCCAUCUGCAGGUCGGCCAAGAUGAGCUCCAAAUUGAUGAUCUCUAUGUCCUGUGACAGCAACACACACACACAAACCUCGACAUCAUCGCUCCCUCCCUCCCUCCCUCCCUCCCCGGCAGACCGUAAUGGGGUCGAUCUUGCCGUCGACGUGUGUGAUGUGUUCGUCGUCGAAGCACCGCACCACAUGGCAGAUGAGGUCCGUCCCGCGGAUGUUGGAGAGGAACUUGUUGCCGAGACCCUCACCCUUGGAGGCACCCUUCACCAGACCAGCGAUGUCCACAAACGUGGUCGUGGCGAACACUAUCUUCUGAGAGCUGCUCAGCUCAGCGAGCUUAGACAGACGCGGGUCACGCACCUCGACAAUGCCUAUAUGAGGGAAAGGGAGGGAGAAAGCAGCGCCAGUUGGCGUGCGCUUAAUUCGGAUGGCGCGUGCCGACCCGACCCGACCCACCGGUGUUUGGUUCAAUGGUGCAGAAGGGGUAGUUGGCCGCAUCCACCUGCUUCUUGGUAAGCGCGCUGAACAGUGUGGACUUCCCUGACCGAUGUAAGCGAUGCAACCAACAUGGAAUCCAUCCAUCCAUCCAUCCAUGACACAUGGCCCUCUCAUCAUCUCUGCUGCCUGCCUGCCUGCCUGCCAUUUAUUCUCACCAACAUUAGGAAGACCUGAACGAGCAAGUCAACACACAAGGAUGGGAUGGGCGGAUGAAUAGAUGAGCGAACGCAUGUUUGGGUGAGCACUGAAAUCACUCACAUACCUACGAUGCCGGCCGCCAGGUUCAUCGACAGCUCUCCCUGCCGCCUCUGCCGCCUCUGCCGGUGCUGCUGAUGCCUCAAGAGGGUCCUCUCUGCUGCGGAUGAUACUGAUGGGGUAAAGCCCGCCUGCCGCCUCCAGCCGCUGACUUCAUUCGCCAAACAACAUGAGAUCAGCAUGCAAAGCGCUGGGAUUGUCCCGUGCACCCGCUUGGCUGGUUGCCGUGGGGAUGCCGGUGCACACGAGGAUCCCCGCCGUGCUGCGCUGCUGCGAUAUGCAUGGUCAGGAUCAUCACUCGGCGAGCCGUGGGAGUGCCGCUCUCGUAUCGCCGCCCUGCUCUGUCGCUCCAUCGCCGAGAUCUCUCUCUCCACAAUCAGUG